CGCAGGCCCCACGGACCAGCGCAAGAACAAGGGCGCGGCGGGGCGGCGGGACGCGCGGCGGCGGGCGCCCCCAGCCCAGAAGCCGCCCCGCAAGGCCCCCGCCAUGGCCCGCGGCGGCGGACACGGCUGGACCUCGGGGGAGGCCGAGUCGUCGCCCGAGGAGCCCGCCGGGGCGGCGGCGCCCGAGGAGCAGGGGGACAAGAUGGUGAAGGAGACGCAGUACUACGACAUCCUGGGGGUGAAGCCCAGCGCCUCCCCCGAGGAGAUCAAGAAGGCCUACCGCAAGCUGGCGCUCAAGUACCACCCCGACAAGAACCCCGACGAGGGCGAGAAGUUCAAGCUCAUCUCUCAGGCCUAUGAAGUGCUUUCAGACCCGAAGAAACGGGACAUUUAUGACCAGGGCGGCGAGCAGGCGAUCAAGGAGGGGACGUCAGGCAGCCCCAGUUUCUCCUCGCCCAUGGACAUCUUCGACAUGUUCUUUGGAGGUGGAGGGCGGAUGGCGCGGGAGAGGAGAGGCAAGAAUGUCGUGCACCAGUUGUCUGUGACUCUGGAAGAUUUGUACAACGGCACCACAAAGAAACUGUCCCUCCAGAAGAAUGUGAUCUGCGAGAAAUGCGAAGGCAUCGGCGGGAAGAAGGGGUCGGUGGAGAAGUGUCCACUGUGCAAGGGGCGGGGUGUGCAGGUGCACAUCCAGCAGAUCGGGCCGGGCAUGGUGCAGCAGAUCCAGACCGUGUGCAUCGAGUGCAAGGGCCAGGGCGAGUGCAUCAGCCCCAAGGACCGCUGCGAGAGCUGCCUGGGCGCCAAAGUGGUCCACGAGAAAAAGGUCAUCGAGGUGCAUGUGGAGAAAGGCAUGAAAGACGGGCAGAAGAUCCUGUUCCAUGGAGAAGGCGACCAGGAGCCAGAGCUGGAGCCUGGGGAUGUCAUCAUCGUGCUGGACUUGAAGGACCACGGUGUCUUUCAGAGACGCGGCCACGAUCUGAUCAUGAAGAUGAAAAUCCAGCUCUCUGAGGCUCUCUGUGGCUUCAAGAAGACCAUCAAGACUCUGGAUGAGCGGACCCUCGUCAUCACGUCCAGAUCAGGUGAGGUGGUGAGGCACGGAGACCUGAAAUGCGUGCGCGAUGAGGGCAUGCCCGUCUACAAGGCACCCCUGGAGAAAGGGAUCCUCAUCAUUCAGUUCCUGGUGGUCUUCCCUGACAAGCACUGGCUGCCUGUGGACAAGCUCCCUCAGCUGGAAGCGCUGCUGCCCCCGCGGCAAGAAGUGAGGGUGUCGGAGGACAUGGAGCAGGUGGAGCUGAAGGAGUUUGACCCGAGCGAGCAGAGCUGGCGGCAGCACCGGGAGGCGUACGAGGAGGACGAGGACGGGCCGCGCACCGGGGUGCAGUGCCAGACGGCGUGAUGGCGACGGCCGGCCCGGGCGGCCCUUCUGGCUUCCUUCUGGUUGUGACUCAGUUAUAGUUUAAUUUAUAUGCAAAUGUCGAA